AUGCCUACCACCCUUCACAAGACACGCAAGCAGAUUUCCAAAAAGAGAAAUGGUGUCAUUAAUGCUCUACAUGAAAAGUCCAGAGACUCAAUGCGCCUUCACAAAGCUGGUGUAAGAGAUCAGCGUAUCGAGAAACUUGCAGCUGCCAGGAGUAAAAAGGAACAACCUCUAGUCGACCGUGUUGCUUUCUUUCAACAAGCUCUACGCCUUAAAGACAGAGAUAACAAAGGCGCCCCGGAAAUUGAUGAGGUUCAGCGCAUGAUUCACACUUUCGUUCAUCAAUAUGAUGAAGAGUAUAAUGAAGCUAAGAAGGCCCGUCGCCCUGGCCGUCCUGCUAGUGUGAAAGAGGACCUUCUCAAAGCCAAAAUCAACAUACUGGAGGAAGAGUACAAGGGUGGUUUUGUUAUGCCUGAUCUCUUGGACAAUGCAAAUGUGAAUGCACUUCACCUUUGGGAAGGCUCCUGGUCAUAUCUCACUCAAUUGAAAUGGGUCAAGGUCAACAGUGAAGGCCAAGUCAGACCGACCAGCUUCCCAUCGGGCGGCACCAACUGA